UACGUUGGAAAUGCGUCCAAGCUGCAGUUGAAAAGUAGAAAACUAAGAAUACAAAGCUAUUAUUAUUUUAAUGGACCAAGAAAGUACAGAUGCUGAACGGACCGAGAGCUCACACAGUGUUUCAGGGGAAAACACUGAAGCAUGUGUUACUGAGAAGACAGUGAUGCUUCCAGCAGAUAUGUACUACAAAUAUGAAGAGAUCAAGUCCAAGCCAUUUAUAAUACCCGAUUCUGACAUCCCGGAGAACCUCCUGCACUUCACCCACUCUUUUGGUUAUGACUGUGGUCGCAGGGCCAACCUGCACCUGCUGGAUGACAGAACUCUGGUCUUUAUAGCAGGUAACCUUCUCAUCCUCCUCGACAUUCCCACUAAGCAGCAGCAAUUUCUCAGAUCCUGCAGCGGCACAGGAAUCGGGUUCGUGACGGUACAUCCAAGAAAACAAUACUUUGCUGUAGCAGAGAAGGGAAAAUAUCCCGACAUCAUUGUCUAUGAAUAUCCCUCAUUACAACCCUACCGUAUCCUCAGAGGUGGUACAGAGAAGGCAUACAGCUCUAUGGAUUUCAGCCAUGAUGGCAGUAUGCUGGCGAGUGUCGGCACAGCGCCAGACUACAAGCUAGCACUUUGGGAUUGGAGGCAGGAGAAGGUGAUGCUGAGCUGCAAAGUUGUUUCUCAGGACGUCUACCGACUCAGCUUCUCUGCACACAACCUGGAGGAUCUGACCACUUCAGGAUCUGGACACAUCAAGUUCUGGAAGAUCACUGGUACCUUCACUGGUCAAAAGUUGCAAGGGCAUAUGGGACAGUUUGGGAAAACUACACCGACUGAUAUUGAGGGCUUCAUUGAACUCCCUGAUGGAAAGGUCGUGUCUGGAUCAGUUUGGGGAAACCUGCUACUGUGGGAGGACAACAUCAUCAAAGUGGAGAUUUGCCGUAAAGGUGGGCGGAGCUGUCAUACCGGGUCCAUUCAGCCAUUUACCCUGGAGGAGGGACAGCUGAUGACCAUUGGCUCUGAUGGAGCGGUCCGGGGCUGGGACUUUGAGGUAAUUGACAAUGCCGACAGCAGCGAUGACAGUCCCCUGUUUGAAAUGGAGCCCAUGAACGAGAUGAUGAUCGGACAUAAUGUCAACCUCUCCUGCAUGGUGAAGACCUCCUUACCAGAUUCCUUCAUCUGGUUUGCUCAGGAUUCCAAUGGAGCAAUUUGGCAACUGGAUCUUUCAUUCACCAACACGACACCCGAUCCGAAGUGCCUCUUCUCGUUCCAUGCCGGGCCGAUUCAGGGACUGGACGCGUCCAGGAAAAGCCAUCUGAUGGCCACGACUGCUUUGGAUCGUUCGGUCCGGGUUUACGACUUUCUGGCAAAACGACAACUGACAACCAGCCGCUUCAACCAAGGGGGGACUGCUGUCUGCUGGGCUCCGCCUUCGGUGAAUCAUCCUGGAUGUUUACUGGUCACGGGCUUUGAGGAUGGGGUUGUGCGCUUGUUGGAGCUGUACGAUCCUCACAGUCUCCACAUAGUCACUGGGCGACACAAAAGCGACGCUGAGCUGCGCCUGAAACAAGCCUUCAAACCCCAUAAUGCACCUGUGACGGCUGUUGCAUAUGACCGAACCGGAGCGACCUUAGCCACAGGGAGCUCAGACUGCACAGUCUUCUUCUUUGCUGUUGGGAAAAACUACAAUCCCAUUGGCUUCGUCCAUGUUCCCAGGCCGGUGCAGAGGCUGGAGUGGUCACCUCAUUCCCAUAGGAAAAGCACGCUGCUAAUCCUGUGUCAGAGUGGCCAUGUUGUUGAGGUGCAGAGUCCUGAUACAGAUCUCACAAAGUCUUCAAAGUCCUACCACCUGCCUGAUUUGCCCAGCAGAUCCUUCAGAUUCAGGAGCAUUAAGUCUCGUAUUAAGAGAGACAAGGAAAUUGCCAGACGGCAAGCCAUAAAGGAAGUGAAGAAAGAGAGAGAAGAGAAACUAAAAGAAGCACAGGUAUUCAUUCGGGAAGAAGAGGAGGAAGGGCUCCCUCCAAUCUACAUCCCAGAGUCUCCGAGUCCUCUCUGCUGUGGUUUUUACUCACAGCCUGACCAGUUCUGGCUCUCUAUGGGUGGCUUUGAUUCUGGCUUCUUGUAUCACUGUAAAUUUUCUGAGGACCAGGAUGAGGAUCCGGACCAGCGGCAGGACGAGCCUUUUGAUUUCCAGCCUGUCCACAACACAGACGAUGAUCCUGUUUGUUCAGUUACCUUCAGCUCUAAUCGGCAGCUGAUGCUUUGUGGCAUGCACUCGGGCUCCAUCAGAGCUUAUCCCCUGCAGCCCGACGACCACAGCCUGUCCUCCAUGGAGGCCUACUGGUCUCUUAGCAUCCACGACAACCAAUACGGACCCCUGAGGCACAUUCUCUGUAGUCACGAUGACAAAUUUAUCCUGACAGCAGGAGAGGACGGCAACAUCUUCUCCUUCAGCCUGAUUCCUCCAGAGCAGCUGCAGCUCAAGAAGGCCAAAGUACCUUCACCCAGGCUGGGUCUGGAGAAUGAGGGCAUUGCUCGGGAUAUUGAAGACCCAACAUCUUACAGCAUAGAGAUGGCAAAGCAGAUGCUGGAGAAGGACAGGAUGAACCAAGCGGCUGAGCUGAAGGUUGCGAGGAAGCGCGAGAAACUGGUCGAGCUGCAAAAAAAAUUUAAGCAACUGUAUAAUGAGAACCACUGUCUGCCACAGCAUGUUCGCCUGCAACCUGCGGACUUGCAGCUGGAUCGGUGUUUUGCUGAACAGGCUGAGCGGGUGAAAGAACAGCGAGUGAUGGAGGUCAGGAAGCAGCUGGGCUCGGAGGAGGAGCGCUGUCGUAUUGCACUGAAAAAACUACAGGACCAGUUCAAGGACUCUCUGGAGUCUCAAGUGGUUACUGUGGUUGCCAUACACAGCCGUCACAGUGUCACUUCCUACCGUCUGCAGGCGCUCACCGAGGACUCAUACAGGCUCAGGCAGCAGGAACAACCCGGACAGCUGAAUGGUGCUGCUGCUGCGCAGGAAGGGAAAAAAAACAGAAUUAAUCAUGCAAAGGACAAACCGGAAGAGGAAGAAGUGCUGCGCCUCCCUGUGGUGCGUUCACAAGGCUUAAAGCUGGCAGAUCAGCAGAUCGAGCGGCUCCGUAAAGCUGCAGAGAAAGCUGGGCGAGCACGGGCCAAGAUAGAGAAGAGGAAGCAAGAGUGGGCCCAACUUUAUGCAGAAAAGCCAGGCGAGAACUGUGAGGAUCCAAAGGAUGUGAAGGCCAUCCAGGAAGCCACAAAAAACAUCGGUGAUCUGAAACUGAAGUCCGCCAAAGACUUUGUGGUGCCGAACACCUGCAAAUGAAACACUGAGAGCAAGCGAGCAGAGCUGGCAGCGCUGGAGGAGAAGAUCCAUGAGAAGCAGGCGGAGAUGAACAGCCGGAUUAUAGCACUACGAGAUGCCAAGAUUCAGCUGGUUUCGCGGUUAUCUGCUCUGGUUCAGCAGUUUCAGACGGUCCAGAACCAUAUGGAAGCUCAUCACCACCGCCGCCCACCAGCUGUGCCCACUAUACGGCCAGAGGAAACCCCAGAGAAGAAGUUGCGCUGCAGCUGUGCAGCUCUGGAGCGAUACCGGCUCCUCAGGAACCAAGCGCUGAACCGGUUUGUUGGGGAAGAUCAGGAGGAGAGCUCAGCUUUAAUGGAGCAGCUAGAGGAAGAAAUGAAAGGAGAGGAGGAGCAGGAGAUGGAAGGCGAGGAAGCUCCCAAAGUUUUAGUUUCACCUGUGAGUGGGGAGAAAGAGGAGAGUUCAGAGGAGGAAGGAGAAGAGCUCAGCGAGCUGGAGGAGCAGGUCCGAAGGGAGGAGGAGAUCAGAGCUCUGCACAUGCAGGAUUAUCUGCUGGAGGAGAUGGAGACAUCAGCGUGGGAGUUUGAUGCACAACUUCGGCUGCUGCGUCACGAGAAACAUUGUCUGGACUGGGAGCUGAAGAUGGCUGACCUCAAUCACAUGACACUGUGCCAGGAGCUGCAGCUCCUCAAGGAGUUUGAGAAGAGGGAGGAGAGUCUGCAGGAGAAGCUCAUUGCACGUACAGAGGAGGAGGACAGAAUCGCGUCCAAGCUGGAGGAGAGCACCGAAGAGCUGGAAGAAAGGCAGAGACACAUCGCAAAGCUGCUGGAGAGAGAGAAGGCUCUGCUGGCCUCCUUCAAGGCGUCGCUGGGUGAGAACCACAAGUUUGAAGACUUUCUGACCCGAGUCUUCAAGAAGAAGAUCAAACGCAUCAGGAAGAAGGAGCUGACAGGAGGAAAUGAAGAAGAGGACGACAGUGACGAAUUCUCAGACGAAGACAAUGACUGGGACGAUAACGGAGAUGAUCACAGCAGCUCAGACGAAGGAGGAUCUGCUCUGGAUGACAGCGUCUGUCCUCCAAACUGUGAGCCGGAGUUGUUUGAGAACACAGUGCAGCUGCGUGAGCGCCGUCUGGAUCUGGAGGAGCUGCUGGCUGAGGAGCGGAAGCGCACAGAUGCCCUGAAGAAGGAGUGCGAUGCUCUGAUGAAGAAGGAGAAAGUUGUACAGAGCAGCCGGAAGGCCGCUGAGAAUGACCUGCAGUCAGUCCACAGGCAGAAACAGCAGAAGAUGAACGAGCUGGUUGUGGUGGUUCCCCUCAGGCUGCAUCAGAUCAAGUUUGUAGCCAACAGUUCAGUCCCGAGUGACAUGAGCCCGUCUUUGGUGCUGAACAGAUCGGAGCUGGACAGGCUGCAGGAGCGCAUCGAGAAGCUGCAGGUGGAAAAGAGCCAGCAAAGGGACCUGUACAUUCAGGCCCACCAGCAGCACUUCAGGCUCCUUAAGGACUGCAAAGACAUGGAGGCUGAGAUUCAGGCACUGGAGGAGCAGUGCGACCAGCAGACGAUGCUGAAAUUUGGGAGGCUGGUGGACCUGGAGGUUCUGCAGACACUGGGCGGGAACAGGAUGCUGGAGGAGCGCCGACAGGAGAAACUGAUCCAGGAAGCCACUCAUGCCAGCGAACUCAAACAGUGGGAUGCUCAGGUCGCAGAAGCCCAGCAGGCCUUUAUGGAGGUCACAAGGUCAAACUCAGAGCAUCUCUUCAGGAUGAUGAAUCUGUUUGACCAGAAGACGGUGCUAGAGGCCGAAAUCAAUGCCAAGCAGAAGAAAAUUGGCAGCCAGUUUCAGGACGACAGGAGAGACAUGGAGAACGAGAGGCUCCAGGAAUUGGUGAAAACAAAACUCCAGCAGAUCGAUGCUCUCAGGGCUGAGAUCAACUCGCUGUCCUGUAAAGACGGCCACGUGUCGCCGCCACUUCAACCCACUAACCAAUGAGAAAGAGCCUAAAGCACACUGAAGGACUGCGAUCGCUGACGACAUCAACAAAACAAUUCACUCCUCCCAUCCUUGUUAAAGUGACUUCAUCAGAAAAAGAGCAAAAUUCCAUUAAUCAGUUUUCUGUUUGUCUGAAUGAGGUUAAAAGUUAAUGAGGGUUUCAAAAAGUCAGUUUCUUGAACCAAACUCUUGUUUGUAUUCACCAGCUUGACAGUUUUGUUCUAAUCCUGUCAGCUGACCCCAUAUUAAAUCAUCAUUUCUGUUUUCAGUGACAUUCGUGAACAUUUUGUUUGACGUUGCAAUAAAACACAGCAGGCGG